GACUUUUCGCAACAAUACUUUUGUGCGUUUAAAAAAUUUUGAAUUUCUCUACGCGUUUCUUCUAAACAACGCCGCUUUCGAUCAAUCUUCGUUCAUCGAUCACAAGAACGAUCAUGGCUCAAGAAGAUCUCAAUCAGAAGAAUCAGGAAAUGACCAAGGAGGAGAAAGAGAGGCUUAAGUACCUGGCUUUCGUCCAAGCCGCCGCUCUAGAAGCUGUGGUUCGUUUCGCAUUUAUUUACGCGAAGGCCAAAGAGAAGUCUGGCCCUCUGAAACCCGGUGUUGAAUCCGUGGAAGGAGCCGUCAAGACCGUGGUCGGACCUGUUUAUGAAAAGUUUCAUGACGUCCCGGUCGAGGUCCUCAAAUACAUGGACCAAAAGGUUGACAUGUCUGUGACUGAGCUGGACCGUCGUGUUCCACCAGUCAUCAAGCAAGUCUCGGCCCAAGCCAUAUCUGCUGCCCAAAUGGCACCCAUCGUUGCCCGAGCUGUGGCUUCUGAGUCAGAAGUGGUUCAGAAGUCCGGUGUCAUAGAAACCGCAUCUGGGCUGGCUAAAUCCGUGUACACAAAGUACGAGCCAGCAGCCAAGGAGUUGUACGCGAGCUAUGAGCCAAAGGCCGAGCAAUGUGCUGUCUCGGCCUGGAAGAAGCUGAACCAGCCUCAAGUGGCUCAAGUCGUUGUGCCGACAGCUGCUUAUUGCACCGAGAAGUACAACCACACCGUGGUUAAGGCGGCUGAGCAAGGGUACCGAGUUUCGUCGUUCCUGCCACUGGUCCCGACCGAAAAGAUCGCCAAGAUUUUCCAGGAGGAGAAGACCCAAGCUGAGCCAUUGGUUUCGUCCACUUGAUUCUGCGUUUGGUUCGUAUGAUUUGGUUUAUGGCUUUGGGAAUGAUGUGAACCUGAACCUGAACCUGGUCUGUUUGGUGGCGUGUGGUCUGGUUCUGCUUUUGGUUCUCUUUUUCUUCUAUUAAACAUAUUUGUUUCAGUGAUACUUUGAUUUUUUUUGCCCUCGUUUUAAUGUUUUAUU